CGGGGCGCCUGCGUGCGAGAGGCGAAGGGGGCGGCGGUUGAACUCGGGCAGGAGGCGGGCUUGGAGGGCCUUCCAUCCUUCUUCCUCCCGGCUUUUCCUUGGAGGCUGAGCCGCCCUCCUCCUCCUCCUCUCCCUCUCUGUCUCUCAAUCCAAGGGCACUGAAACAACCGGAGCAGCCAUAUAAUUUAAUUCUUCUGAAGACACCUAGAAAAAUAGCAGUUCAGCCUUUGUGACUAUCCAGUUCUUCACUGUGAAGACCAAAGCAGAUAAGUUAUCCUGCUUCACAUUCUCCUCUGCAAAACUUCUGAAGGUUUGGAGAAGAUAGUAAGAAAACUACCAAGAAGGACUAUAGCAGUAUUUGUCUGCUUUCAAGAUUUUCUGUGUACUGGAGAAAGCAAGAAAGUAAUGAAGCAAAAGAAAACCACCAUGAUCCCCUAAUAACCAGGUAAUUGCUACAUUUUGAAAGUGUUGUGAGUAUGUAUCAUUCUGUUACUGGAACUACCCAUCCAUUACAAACUGAAGAACAAGAAAUAGGCAUUGAUCCUUUGCAGAGUUAUGUGAACAAGCCUGAUGAAGAUGUGUCAAACGAGAAUGGAAGAAGGCAAUAUACCUCAGAUUCUGAUGGGACAUUUCUUUCAUAUAGUAAAGAAUGGGAAGAAUUAUUUGUAAACAACAAUUACUUGGCAACAAUACGACUGAAGGGGAUUAAUGGGCAGCUGAGAAGCAGCAGGUUCCGUAGUGUUUGCUGGAAGCUCUUUUUGAAUGUUCUACCCCCUGACAGAAAUCAGUGGAUCAAUAAAACAACAAAAUUAAGAACAUUUUAUAACAAGAUAAAAGAAAUACAUAUUACAAAUCCUCGGAAAGCUGGACAGCAAGACUUGAUGAUCAACAACCCACUUUCACAGGAUGAAGGGAGUCUUUGGAACAAAUUUUUUCAGGACAAAGAACUUCGAGGAAUGAUUGAGCAAGAUGUGACAAGAACAUUUCCUGAAAUGCAGUAUUUCCAAGAAGAGAAUGUGAGAAAGAUUCUUACAGAUGUUCUCUUCUGUUAUGCUCGGGAAAAUGAGCAGUUGCUGUAUAAACAGGGCAUGCAUGAACUCUUAGCACCCAUUGUCUUUAUUCUGCAUUGUGAUCAUCAAGCAUUUUUACACGCAAGUGAAGCUGCACAACCAAGUGAGGAAAUGAAAGUUCUGUUGAAUCCUGAAUACCUGGAACAUGAUGCCUAUGCAAUGUUCACCCAUCUUAUGAAAACAGCGGAACACUGGUUUUCAACCUAUGAACAUGAUAGUCAAAAGGAGAAAGAUGCAAUGAUGACUCCUAUUCCAUUUGCAAGACCUCAAGAUUUAGGCCCAUCAAUUGCUAUUGUAGCAAAAGUAAACCAAAUUCAAGAUCAUUUGCUGAAGAAACAUGAUAUCGAGCUUUACAUGCAUUUGAACAGACUAGAAAUUGCACCACAGAUUUAUGGCCUCCGAUGGGUUAGACUUCUGUUUGGACGGGAAUUUCCACUCCAGGACCUUCUAGUCGUCUGGGAUGCUUUAUUUGCUGACAGCAUCACUCUUGACUUAGUUGACUACGUUUUCUUAGCCAUGUUGCUGUAUAUUAGAGAUGCCUUGAUAUCAAGUAAUUAUCAGACCUGCUUGGGACUUCUGAUGCAUUACCCACCUAUUGGAGAUGUCCAUUCAUUGAUCUUGAGAGCUCUUUUCCUUAGAGAUCCAAAGAGAAAUCCAAGACCUGUGACUUACCAGUUUCAGCAAAAUCUAGAUUACUACAAAGCACGUGGAGCAGACUUGAUGAAUAAAACUCGAGUCAGUGCCAAAGUUGCUCCAUUGAACAUAAAUAAAGUUUCCAGUAGCUUAUUGAGUUUUGGCCGAAAGCUGAUUUCCCCAGCCAUGACUUCAGGUGCUGCUACUGGGCCACUUGUAGGUAGCAGUGGCAGCUUUUCUUCUGUUGCAGUGCCCAUUAGGAACACAGUAGAGCUCCCACAGCAGCAGCAGCAGCAGCAGCAGCAGCAAAGAAUGAUGAAAUCAGAAAGUGUUCCAGUUCAGCUAAGUAAAGGAGAUGUAGUUACAGGCAGUGAUGCUCAAGUCUCGGUUCCUGUCCAGAAUCUAAGUGCCCUCCAAGGGACAGUUGCUACAGCAACUCAUGCAGAGCAAAAGCAGGACUUUGGAAGAAAACCAUGUGUUCAGCAUAUUCCUCCUAGCACUGUACUGUUUGAGACUGAAGCAGGAAAUCCCAGGAGAAAUGCAAAAGAAAGGCAGAGUUCAAAAAAUGUCAGUUCUUCUCCAAGCAUUGAAAGUUUGUCUGGGGGACGUGAAUACACAGGGUCUCCACCUUUGUCUGCAACCAAGAAAGAAUCCUUUUUCAGUACUAUUUCCCACUCUCGCUCACACAGCAGAAGUAUGACCAAGAAAGAGUCUGAAGAAGAAUUGGAGGCUCAGGUUUCAUUUCUCCAAGGACAACUGAAUGAAUUGGAAGCCAUGUGUAAAUACUGUGCAAAGAUGAUGAACACCCACCUGGGAAAUAUUCAAGAAGUCAUCCUGCAAGAACAUUUGGAGAAAGAAGAUGAAGUUCUGGUUUCUUUGGCUGGACUGAAGCAGAUCAAGGAUAUUCUAAAAGGUUCCCUGCGUUUUAAUCAGAGUCAAUUGGAGGCAGAGGAGAAUGAACAAAUCACGAUAGAAGAUGAUCACUACUGUUCCAACAAUCAGAACAAGAUGACAAAUGAAGCCAUGGUAAAUCCUUCACUCGCAAAGCAGCUCAUCCCUCCAGUGAAGCAGGCUGCCAGUGAUCCAAGUGCAAAGUUGUCCAAUAGUCAAACUGAUUACUAUAUCCUAGUUUCCAAAGAAGAGGAGAGAAAUGUGAAUGCAGCUCCUGAGCUUGUGCAGACUGUGCCAACCUGCAAGGAUGUGACCACCAAGAUUGAGGGCCCAUCCCACUCUUCCUUAGCAUUUUCUGAUCCACUAAUGGGGUCCAUUUCUGCCUCUUCUAGUAACCUCAGUUCCAGUCCUGAUGAUGACAGCAGCAACAACAGCAAGGAUUCUGACUUUACCAUUGUUAGCCCCCUGGAGAUUUAAGUAAGCCAUUCAAAUAGACUGUCAGGUCUGUUACACAACAUCAACAAAUGCAUCUGAUGUUCCACAGGACAUGCUGACUGAUUCUGACUCAAGAGUCAAAAAGCCUGAAUAUUUAGUCAGAGCACAGACAUAGUAAAGGCAAUUCUUUCCAGGAAAAAAAAGAACAAAAAAGCAAAUGUGUAUGGAUUACCUUUAAAACAUUCACACAUUAAUAGUGGAAUCUGAUUUAUGACUAAAAGUAUUGAAAGUUUACUCUUUUAGCAGCUUCUUGGAAUAUUGAAGCAGCAAUUUAUAGUCUCAUCAUUGUAGAAUAGCACCUUACAUAUAAUCUCAUGAGUUAAACAACUGGACAUCCCCACUUAUGAGGAAAGCAAAUGGAUAUGGUAACAAUUUGAGAUCCUGACAGAUUUGUUCUGGGGAGAUUAGGAAUUUCUUCCUGAAAUACAACAGCCAGUAAAUGAGAAAAAUAAAGAUUCAGACAACAGCUGGCCUCCUGAACCAUUUUCUCAGCAGGGGGAGAGGGGACGUAUCUAUGUUGGGUAUAUGUAUAAGAGAUGGCCUUGCAUUAUUAUUCAUAUGAGGCAGGAUGAACUAAGAAAGGACAAUUUAAGUGCAUAUUAAAUGAUUUGCAGGCACUCAGGCCCAUUGAGAUAUGAAUUCAUUCUCUAAUGUAUACAGCUCACAUUUUCUCAGUAAGCUUUGUUUGGAAUGUAUUUUUAUAACUAUUUCAGGACUUCCACAAUCCCUUCUGAUCCAAGAACAAAGUUCAUUGAGGGGCAUCAUGACACAAUAUUCCUUAACAAUGUAGAAACAGUUCUUUGAUAAUACUUCAAGUCUACUUAAGUGCAAAUCAUCUACUUCAUUGCAUUAUUCACACAAGGGUCAGUAAGAUUCCUAGUGCUUGUUAUUUCAACAGUCUCCUAACAACAUUGACGCAAACUAAACUGUAGUCUGGGUCAGUUUGCCCUGUUACCAUGACAAAGGGGAAAUCAAGGAGAAUUUAUAGGUCAGUGCCCAGAACUAAUAUGUAGUAAAUAGUGUUAAUGAAGUGGUACUAAAUAUUUCUUUCCAGCUUUUUUAGUCUAAUUUCAAAGUACUUCUUGAUCAGCAGUUGCACCCUGCACUAUCAGUAUAAUAAAUAAUAAGCUUCAUAGAAGAGCAGAAAACAUGGGCUUUACUCACUUCUAAGCCAAGGCUAAACUGUAUACAUAGCAUUGCCCUUGGUUACAUUGACUAUUUUCAGUGACCUAGGAGAGGAACUUGGAUUUAUUAAGGUUUAUAAGCCGCAGUCACUGACCUGUGGGAGAUCUUUCAGUUUCCCACUUCCACCUUGAAGGUUGAAUGCAGUAAAACUGAAAAGUGAAAUGGCUUUAUACAACAAAAACAUGUUGGUAUCUAGCCAUUCCUCCCCUUAUCUUUUUUGUAUGCAAGUAUAGUAGUUGUGUGCCUUUGAGUCAUUUCUGAUUUAUGGCAACCCUAAGGUGAACCUAUCAUGGAGUUUUCUUGUCAAGAUUUCUUCACAGUGGGUUUGGUUUUGCCUUCCUUUGAGACAACAGUGUAUGACUUGCCCAAGAUCUCCCAAUGGGUUUCCAUGGCCAAUCGGGGAUUUAAAUAAAAUCUCAACACCUGGACUCCCAAUGUUCCUAGGCCAAUGGUCAAACCACUACACCGUGCUAGCUCUGUAGUAUGCAAGUAUACUAUGGCAAAAGCUUUCUCCAGACCUAGUAAAGAGAAAGGCAAUGCUUGAAUGAUUUCAAUCACUGGAAAGAUCUAAUUAGUUCUCUAAUCUGCUUUUAGUCUACAUAUGGAAAUUAAAACCUUUCAUCCAUGAAAUCAGUAACAGUAGGGAGGAGAAUUUUUUCAAAAGAUAUUUCACUUCAUUAUCUCUAGAACCUUGAUGGUGACCAAACAAAAAUCACUCUUGCUAGUGUUACCAUACAUAGAUGUUGACAGAGGCUAUUUUGAAUAUUUUAUUUACAAGUAGAAAAGACUUCUAUGCUUUAUUUUUACUGGAGGCACACAGAACUAGUUGCAUCAUGAAUGCUAGAACAUGAAAAUGUGAAUGUAAAUCAAUAGGAAUUGUAACAGCCCCCAAAAUAUCAAAUUGUGCGGCAUAAUACACAGAAUCCUUCUGAGAAUAUUGCAUUAGUGACCUUCUGAGCAGCAGUGGUGGUGAACCUGAGGAGUGACAAAACCACUAUUGUUCUUUUACAUACACUGAAAGGAAUAAGUUUUCUGAGUCAGUUGGAUCUCCCAGAAUUCUGACCUUGCAAUGGAAUGUACUUUUGUGCUACUUUUAUAUCCAUGUGUGUUCUGGACGAAGGCCACAAUUAGCAGGCAACUGUUGUAACAAGGUGGCAGAUUCACAUCUAUGUACUCAGGUACUGUCUGGUCAUUGAUCACACACAGAUGUCCUGACACCUUAUAAAAAUGAGAGUAGUCCUGAGAAGUUGUACAAAGAGUCUAAUAAAGAUACAGUUUGUGAGGAGUUGCAUAAAGUACAUACAUGGCUGUUGAUCUAGAUGGAAGAAAAUGCUCUGCUUAUGCAAGCCAUAAAUUUCUACCACCUUUCCCAGAAAAUCACCUCAGGAUUCCACCUUUUGUUCAGUGUGUAAUUUUGUUUAACUUCCUUGGAUGUGUAAGGAUCAAAAACAAAGGAUUAUAUGACUGGUACCUCUUUAUAAUCCUUUAAAAAUGCCUAACCCUACUCCUUUCUGCCUAGCUUUGGUGCUGUUAUAACACAGGAAAAAGUGCCAUUUGGAGCUCCUAUUUAAAAGUGGGAACCCAAGCAGCAGGGAACUUGGAGAAUGACAAAUCGUCUUGUAGGGGGGGGAAAUAUUAUUAUGUGUUUAGGCUUUUUAUAUAUAUAAUUGUCACUUGCUGUCAAUUGAUUUCAAAGAUUGUGUUAUUUUUCUUGUUAGAGCAGUCUUGGUGCCAUGAACUUUUAAAAUACGGUUGAUAUUUUUUUAACCUCACCAGAUUUUUUUUAAAAGUGCUAUAAUUAGCUUAUCUUAACUUCUGCAGUUCCUGUAAUUAUCCAUUAUUUCAGAAAAUAAAUACUACUUUACUCAUGGUGAAA